AUGAGUGGAGCGGCUGCAGAUGGUAUCGAUGAUCGAGAUAUUCCGAAACAGGAGUUUUUGGAAGCAGCGUUUAUUGGCGAUAUUGAAAAAAUAGAUUCUCUGAUUCGAGAGAAAAAAGUGCACAUUGACUCUGUGGAUGAUGAUCAUGUUACCGCCCUUCAUAUUGCUGCAUCUAUGGGAAAUAAUAAAUUGGUAGUCCGUCUUCUGGAAAAUGGUGCCAAUAUCAACGCAGUCAAUCAGCUCGGUAUGACUGCUUUCCACUAUGCUGCUCGAGAAGGAUAUUUGCCCGUUAUCGACACUCUUCUGCAACGUGGUGCUGCAACACAUCUGAAGACAUUUCUAGGAGUUACAGCUCUUACUUUAGCAUGUGCUGGUGGACAUGCAGAUGUUGUCAGAAGACUGAUAAGAAUCAUGAAUGAGGAAAAACGCUCGGAAACUGUAAAACGAUCACUGGCGCCUACUUCACUGAUUGUGGCAACGUUUAGCAAGUCACCGUUGAUUUGUGGAUACUUGGCAGAUGCUCGAGUGGAUUUGAAUGAAACUAUGGACUGCUUGAAGGGAUUGUCCGCACUAUCAGUGGCUAUCAUUUUUACGGGCCUUUAUAUGGUACGUACCCUCCAUGACAAGGGUGCUAGUGUCACGAAACGAUCGUUGUAUCGAAUGUAUCCUGAAGAGCUUGCAGAAACAUUUAAUAAAAAAGAUGUGUUGAAUUAUUAUAGAGAGAAGAGGAUGUUUAGAUCUCGCUUGACGGCCGAAAGUGAUUUGAGGGCGGAAGUGAAGAAGGAUGUGCCAAUCGAUCGGGAACCGGGACCACCGCCACAGAAUGGAUACACACUUCUGAUGUACGCGAUCACGGUUAGAAGUGUUAAUUCGGCCAAACACCUGAUUUCCGAUCGAGAUUUCGAUGUGAACAUGGUGGACAACUUGCACAUUACAUCCCUCCAAAUCGCGAGUCUUCUUCGAGUCGAUGAUAUUAUUCCAAUUCUUCUUCAACGGAGCGCAGAUGCUACAGUACUCAACAAAUUCGGAUCCACUGCUUAUGAUUUGUUUUUGAUGUCUUGUGAUUCCGUAGAACCUGGACAAAUUCGUGCCCAACUGCACUGUCACCGUCCAUCUGAUUUAAAGUUAAACCUGAGCAAUUCAUCGUCAAAUCUGUAUAAGGCAUUUGGAAAGAAGAAUCUGCUAAAUAAAGUCUCUUCUCAAAUCGGGAUAAGUUCCGCCAAGUAUGAUAGCAUAGAACCAAAACAAUGGUUGGAGGCGAAAGUGAAAUAUCAGCCGGGAAAACUGAGGAACACUUUUAAAUUCGCAUCGGUGGAAGAUAUUCUGAAAGGCGCGAGAAUUUCAAAACGUCCAGAGACCAAUGAAUGUGAAAAUGAAACAGAAGCGACUAGAGAGUAUAUGGAAGAAUGUCAAUCGUUUGCUGUCAUGUGCUUCACCGAUUUCUACGGUGAGCGUGACACCAAAACAGUCACUCCCGACUAUUACGACAUUGCUCAGUUCUACGCAAAACGAUCCAGAUAUCCAAUGAAGGCGAGUGGCGCAAAACGAGAGGUCUUCAGAGAUUACUACAACCCGAAACCAUUCAACAUUCGUCCUCGGAAGAGUAGUAUCGAGAGAACAGAACAUCGAAAACCUCGUAAUAUCACAAUGAUGGAUUCAGCGUCUCAGAAUCAAAUCAGGACGACUCCAAGAAUGAUAAAGAAGUCGAGAGAUGUGGGAACUACUGAAUAUUUUUCUGCGCAAGCGGGAAGAGCAAGAGCAUCUGCUUCUUCGAAUAGUGUGCCAACUGUGAUAGUAACUAGACCUAGGCAUGUACAGGUUACAGAAGAUAUGAUCUGGCAACAGUUCGCUCGUCGUCAAAAGCUUGAUCUCAUGCGUGCACUGAAAGCGGAAGAAAUAGACAGACAUAGCUUCUUCAUGCUGAAACAAAACCAUUUGCAGGAAAUGGGAAUCUAUUCUCCUGAAAACCUCGCGGUGAUCGAGGAAAUUCAACAAACUGUGUUUAAUCGAACGUUGUGA